AUGGAUCAACAAACAUUGAAUGAAAAUUCCACUGCUGUUUUAUUGCCACAUUUUUUACAAAAAUAUUUGGGAGGUGCUAGCUUUUUGGAUAUUGGACCGUUUUAUUAUGUUUAUAUGGUUUCUCUGGUUAUUUUUUGUACCAAUGCAAUUAAUAUAAUUGCUGGAAUUAAUGGAGUUGAAGUUGGACAGUCUUUGGUUAUUACUGCUAGUAUUGCUGUUUUCAAUACAAUUCAGGUUAUCCGUUCAAUAGAUUCAAUACAAUUAUGGCAUCACGUUCUUUCACUUUGUUUUAUUCUUCCUUUUAUUGGCACAUCAACAGCUUUAUUUAUUAUCAACAAAUAUCCCGCCAAAGCAUUUGUUGGCGAUACUUAUUGUUAUUGGGCCGGAAUGACCAUUGCAGUUUCUGCUCUAACUGGACGCUUUUCAAAAACUUUGUUGCUUUUUCUUCUUCCACAGGUUAACUUCGUAAUUUUAUUUUUAAAUUCAUUUUUAGAUAAUAAAUUUCAUUUUUUCUUGCCCACAACUCUUUCAUUUAAUUCCUUGUCCUCGGCAUCGACUUCCACGUUUAAAUGA